AUGGGAGAAAAGUGGGUUUUCUAUCUGGACUGUGUAGUUACUUUCCCGCCGCCGCAGCCCCCGCAGCAGUUUCCCCAGUUCCACGUCAAGUCGAGCCUGCAGAUCAAGAAGAACGCCAUCAUCGACGACUACAAGGUCACCACGCAGGUCCUGGGGCUGGGCAUCAACGGGAAAGUUUUGCAGAUCUUCAACAAGAGGACGCAGGAGAAAUUCGCCCUAAAAAUGCUGCAGGACUGCCAGGCCCAGUGUGAGGUGGAGCUGCACUGGUGGGCCUCCCAGUGCUCACACAUUGUGCGGAUUGUGGUCGUCUAUGAAAAUCUGUACGCAGGGAGGAAAUGCCUGCUCAUCAUCAUGGAGUGCUUGGAUGGUGGAGAACUCUUCAGCCAAAUCCAGGACCGAGGAGGCCAGGUGUUCACAGAAAGAGGAGCUUCAGAAAUCAUGAAGAGCAUUGGUGAGGCCAUUCAGUAUUUGCACUCAAUCUACAUUGCUCAUCUGGAUGUCAAGCCGGAGAAUCUCUUAAACUACCUCCGAAGGCCCAACGCCAUCCUGAAACUCACCAAUUUUGGCUUUGCCAAGGAAACCACCAGCCACAACUUGUUGACCACUCCUUGUUAUAUGCCAUACUAUGUAGCUCCGGAAGUGCUGGGCCCAGAGAAGUAUGACAAGUCCUGUGAUAUGUGGUACUUGAAUGUCAUCAUGUACAUCCUGCUGUGUGGAUACCUGCCCUUCUAUUCCAACCAUGGCCUGGCCAUCUCUCCAGUCACGAAGACUCACAUCCAAAUGGGCCAAUAUGAAUUUCCCAACCCAGAGUGGUCAGAAGUAUUAGAGGAAGUGAAGAUGCACAUCCGGAACCUGCUGAAAACAACUCGAGGGGACUCCCGGGGACUCUGCCAUUUUGGGGUUGGAGCGGGAUCCAGCCGGGGCCGAACGGUUGGCGUCGGGACCACUUCUGCUAAAUUCUCACCGCGCCUCGAGGAAGUGAUUUCCCGGGAUGAGAAGAGUAAGGCCCAGAGCGAAGAGGUGCUUGAGCGCCCUCAGCAGGCCAGUACCUGGGACUGGCUGCUGCCCCAUGAGGAGCUACACUGUCACCCAGGACCUCCUGGACUGGGCGAGGGGGUGCUGGGACUCCUGACCGUUGCUAAGCGAUACUCUCCACCUCUGCAGCGCUGGGGCUUCAGUUACCACAUUCACAAGUGUGACCUCAUCUCUUUAGCUUCCAAGAAUAGAGGCCCUGGCUGGGCCUUCUUCCUGCGUCAGGCCAUGGCCUCCUGGCUCUCCCAGCUCAGCCACCUGCAGGGGGUUCCAGAGAGCAUGGGUCUCAUCUUCCUCCUGACGGUGGGGAUGGGGAUUGGUGAUCUGUUCCAUUGA